AUGGGGGGCAACCGGGGGCCAGCUGAGGGGAGGGCCUAUGAUGUUCUCUACGACCCUCUCUACACGGUCUCUGGGGCUCGGGACCACUAUCGGCAGCAGGCGCAGAGUGCAGGCUACACUCUGGAGAAGGUCCCCAACUUCCCCAACUUCUUCUCGGAGGUCCCGACGUUCCCGGCCCAGAGCCUCCGGCUGAAAGCAGCCAACGACGUUCCGCCGUUUGUCCCUCGGGACUUCCGCCCCGACCAGCCGGCCCCGCACGAAUUGCAGGGGCGCUCGACCAGCGGGAAUGUCAGCGGGGCCAACCUGGUGAAGUUUCUGCACCAGCCCCUGCUUUCCAAGGAUGACGUGGCUGAGAACAGGGCGCUCAGCACCGUCAAGUUCGCCACCCCCGCGCGGAGCCCCUCCCCCAAGUCGCGCGCCGCGUCGCGCGCCGCGGGCUUGGCCGCGGGGCCGCAUUCGGUCACGGUCGGGACGCAGAGCGACUACCGGGAGAGCGAGGCGCAAACCGUGCCGUACACUCCGGAUUACGUCAUCCCGGAGGGCGCGCCGGAGCCGGAGAUCCUCGCGCUGCGGGAGCUGACGUAUGGCUCCGGCCUUCCGGCUGGCGCGGCCGCCGUGGCCCUGGUCGACAAGAUGCGGCUCAAGCGCGAGUUCGAGGCGACCCUUCCGCCGCUCUCCGGAACGGAACAGGAGCUGGCGGUACGGAAGCGGAUGAUGGAGGCCUGGGAGCGCCAGGAGUGGGCCGACAGGGAGGCCGGCAUCGCACAGGCGCAGGAGGACCGGUUGGCGUCCAUGGUCGCCGCGAUCGAGCAGCGCGAGGCGGCGCGCGAGCAGGAGAUUCGGCGCAAGAUGGAGGGGCUGAAGGCGACCAAGGACGCCGAGCGGAGCAAGGCGCUGGCGGGGAUCCAGAAGAAGCGCAUCCAGACAAUGAGGAAGCUGACGCAAGCCCGCACGCAAGGCGAGAAGAGCCUCACGAAGCGUGACAUCAUCGAGGAGUACGCGGACUACGGCUCGCGCGUGUACGCGCCCAUCACGCGCGCGGGCGCGGCCCUGACCGGUAAAGGCCUCGAGAUUAACUCCGCGGUCGUCGAGCCGGCGUCGCUGCCAGGCGUGGCGCACCUGGAGCGUAGCCUGUCCCGGAAGACCCUCCCGCGGGUCACGUCACCCAACGCGUCCACGAAGAAGCUGAGCCUGGUGGACGCGCGCGAGCAGUCGACCACGCGCGCGCAGCUGAAGCACAUCGACAACCUGCUGCAGACGUCCAAGACCAUGUCGAACGGGACGCGCGGGAUGGGCGACGCGUGGCCGUGCCCGUUGGACGCCAACGAGGAGGCGGCGCGGCUCGCCAAGACGCGCGCGCGCGCUCCCUCGCUGCGGCUGCGCAAGAAGCCCACCGGCCGCGUCGCGCCGCCCGUCGAGAACGAGGAGCAGCGCGCGCGCAGGAAGAGGCGCCGCGCGAUCAUCUUCCUCCAGAGCCUCAUCCGCGGCCGUGCCGCGCAGGCCGCGAUGUUCGAGACGCGCGCGCGGCUCCAAACCCUUGUUACCGAGCUGCAGGCGGCCGCCCAACCGGUGGGGGAUCCCUCGCCGGUGACGUCAGAGGCGGGUCUGCCGACCGGGAUAGUUGUACCGGGGCCCUCAGUCACUCUGGAGGCGAUCAAAGACGAGAUGCUUGGGGCGGUUCUGGGCGACAUGAUGAGUGUUCUGACCGUUGAAGACGUCGCCCAAAGGCGCGCGAAGUUGCGGGAGAUUGAGGCGGCGCAUGUUGAGAACCAGGCGCGCAUUCUGAGAGAGGAGCAAGAAGCCCGCGAGCGUAUGCUCCGGGGGCCAGAAUUGCCGCCGGACGAGACCCCCCUCGACGAAGAGAAAGAGCACUUGGCGGACGGCGGGGCAGGUUCGAAGAAGCACGGGCACCAUAAGCACGGAAGCGGCGGCCAUAAGCACAGGGAGCACGGGCAUAAGCACAGGAAGCAUGGUCAUAAGCACGGCGAAGCUUCUCAUAAGCGGGAAGAAGAUGGAUCUAGAGAAGGCGAGGAAGCCCAUGGCCACGGUCACAAGGAUGGAGGACACCGCCAUAAGCGCGGAGAAGACAUGCAUAAGCACGGCGAGCACGGCCAUAAGCACCGAGAGAACGGACAUAAGCUCCAAGCGAAUGAGGGAGAGGAUACACAUACGAACUCAGAUCUGGGCGAAGGAGGCCCAACGCAAGGUGACGGCAUUGGGAGAACCAGUGACGUCAGAAGGACUAGCGGAGCAACUCUUGGGAAUGAUUCUUUCCGUUCAGAAGGAGGAGACGGAAGCCAUCGAGAGGAUGCUGACGACAUGCUUGCGUCACCAGAGAAGGGGAGGGACGGCGGAGAGAUGGUCCCGCAGAGAGGCAGGAUGCAUGGCGCUAAGAGCAAAUUCAAAAAGAAGGUGAAGGCAGACGGCAGGAAGGGUGACGGCCGUUCCGCUGGUUCCGUGCGCCAAGACCGGAAAAGCUCCUUUGUAAAGUGGGCCGACACGGGUUACUCUGAAGUCGGACGAGGCGCUGCGGAUGAAGGGAAAGCCGCGACAGACAUGGGAGGUGAAGCCAAACCGACGGAAGAGGAAGGCGGAAGGACAGCGGAACGGAACGAAACAAGGGCGGAGGGAGAGGCGGCUUUUGAGCAGCAAGAGAGUGACGAGUACGGGGAGGAGUCUGGUUCAGGAAGCGACACCGGAUCAGAAACGGAAGGAACGGAAUCGGAAGGCGAGUCUUCGGCAGGUUCGUACUCGGAUGAAGAGGAGUCCGCGGGCGCCGGGUACGGAACGGAGGAUACCGCGGACGCCGGAAACGGAUCGGCGGACGGAGCAGCCGACCACGAGGCGGGACACGCGCCCGCGAAAGCGCGCGCGAAGCGGCCGCCCCACGGGACGCCACGCCGCCCCGCUUGGGCUGACGUGGACCCGGAAGUCGGCGCCGCGGCCGCGACGCGCAUCCAAGCGCACUUGCGGGGGCACCAGGAUCGGCAGCUGGUGGCGCGCAUGAGGUUGGGGAGUACUUAG